UUGUGUUGCAAUGGUGUUUUGAUAAGGACUGAGAGCAGUGCAAAUGUGUGUUGUGGUAACAACAGCUAUGAUGGAGGCGUUAAAGAGACCUGUUGUCAUAAUACAGUCUUCAAGAAAUCUCUUUACGACAGUUGUUGUCAAUCGAAUGAUGGCACAUUUACUCCAUUUUCAUCAAAAACACACAUCUGCUGUGAUAAACCAAUAGCUCGUACCAAUUAUUUAUCAUGCUGUUAUCUCAAACUGAACGAUCGUCUACGACCUACUCCAUACGAUAGCAUGAGUCAAUGUUGCAAAUAUCCUUUUAAAAAGAUUAUUCCCAUGCAAAAUUCAUCUUGCAUUGUAUGA